GCUCACUUUUGGUCCCAGCAACCAAACGGUGUACAACAAAAUAUCAACACAGAAACGCAAAAAGAAUUUAAUUGAAAAUAUUUCUUAGCGGUUAUUUCGUGUUCUCUUUUUUUUACAUGUUUUGUAUAAAUAGUGUUGAAACCACUUAAAUUAUAAACACAUACAUAUUGCUCAAGUCCAAGUGCAUUUGCAUUGAAGUGCGAAUACGUAGUGUAACAACCAAAAAAGGAAUUCCAUAAACAAAGCGUUCAAAACGGAAGCCACAAAUAACGACAACCAUUUAAAUACCUAAAGUAUUUAUUUGGCAAGCUCGAGGUUCGACAAUAGAGGCGAGACUGUCUUUCUUGUGACACGUGAAUCUUCUUCAGGAACGGCGGCCGAACGCUUUUUUAAGUCAAUAUUUACAAAACAGGAACAACCCACUCCCAGUAACAAUAUGGCCGAUGUAUCGCAUGAAUUGGGCGCCCUGCGUUUUGUAGUGGAUUCGCCGCUAUCAUCGAAGGUGGCCAUGUUUAACAAUCAGGCGACACAGCAUAAGCAGUCGCAGUUAUUGAACCCAUUCGCGCACGAUGGCCGAUCCUCAUCCCCAAAGCCGACUUUCUCCAAGGAUCAGUAUGGCAAACCACUCGCCGGCAGUCUGACAGAGAUGCGUGGCCAAAAGGCCAAUAUGCAUGUGAUGAAGGAAAUGCUCGAGCUAUGCCAGAUCAUUGACUCCGAGGGCUAUCAGGUGAAGGAUGAGCCAUCGAUGCGAGUUAUUCCAUUCGGAGAGUUGUUUAAUAUUUACAACUACAUUUCGGACAAGGUCGUGGGGAUACUGUUGCGCGCUCGGAAGCACAAAUUGCUGGAAUUUGAGGGCGAGAUGCUUUAUCAGCGUCGCGACGAUGAUGUGCCCAUCUUCCUGCUACGUCCCAUUGUGGAGAUACGUCUUGAGUUGACAUCCAAGAUUGAUGAGAUCAAGCGGGGCACAAGUCCAGCGCCACAGUCGACUUCAGUGUUGCUCGAUAAAGCAACGCAUGAGAAAAAUUUAAUGGAGCUGAAUUCUCGCACUCCAUCGCCAGCGGUUAAAUCCAAGUCAAAAUCACCAUCACCCGAUGUGCGAACAGCAUCUCCAGUUGCAGAGGCUGCUCCUGUUGCAGAAGCUGCUCCUGUUGCAGUAGCUGCUCCUGUUGCAGCAGCUGCUCCUGUUGCAGUAGCUGCUCCUGUUGCAGCAGCUGCUCCUGUUGCAGCAGCUGCUCCUGUUGCAGCAGCUGCUCCUGUUGCAUCAGCUGCUCCUGUUGCAGCAGCUGCUCCUAAUGCAGCAGCUGCUCCUGUUGCAGAAGCUACUCCAGUUGCUCCCAUUGCAACAGCAGAAUCUCCCGCUGUUGAAUCUCCAGUUGUAGAAGCAGCUUCCGCCAUGUCAGCGCCCCUCGUUGUCAUUGAUCAGCCACCUGAGACGGAUAUGGAAGCCACAGCAGCGCCAGCAACAACAACUACACAGCCAGCAGAUACAAAGGUUGGGGAGCAUGUUAAGCCGACAGGUGAAGCUAAAACACAAGCAGUGCCGCCUAACCCAGUGGAAGCAGUCGAAGUGGCUGCUGCCAGUCCACCUGCUGCCAACGAGUUGCCCACAAUUGUAGUCGAAGCCAGUGCAACUUAUGUGCGCACAAUCAUUGUGGAUCAGCAACAAGAGCAGCAGCCAGUGGCGGAUCAGCCGGAAAUACCUGCAGAAGCAACUGCCGAAAGUGCUUAGAACAUAGCGAAGCGGACUAUGUUCUGUUAAUGAGGGAAAAAACUCGCAACUACUAAAGCGGCAGCUUUAAAUGUGCAGUAAUCUAGUUUUUAAAGCCCUAGUUUAAAUUAAUAAUUAGUGUUAAACAGCACUGAAGACAGAGCGCGAGAGAGAGCAACCUAAUUUAUAAAUGAAUAAUGCACACGUAAACGUAUAUCAAGUAAAUGUAAUACUUAUAUAGACACAGUAUUAUAUAAAACUCAUACUUAUUUAAUGCAUGGUUAUUAUAUAAUAUGUUGGUAGUAGUUUAAUGAAAAAUAUAUCAAUAAAUUAAAAAAAUAUACAUGUGUAUAUAUUCAAA